AUGGAGACUUCAAUGCUUUCAGGUCUCUCAGUAGUUCAGCCAGUACCUACAAAGCCGGCAAAACAAGAUAUGUCGCGUCCAUUAACAGCCCCGCCAAUGACCACCUCGACAACCAAUAUCGGUUCAGCCCAGAGAGAAUCUUUUGGCCUUGAGAUACUGCCAGUCCGAGAUGAUCCAAAACCAGACAAUGCAUCUUCCGACCAUAUCGAUGACUUAGAAAUGAGUCAUCCUGAUCGCCCAGAUUCAAAUACAGAGACUGUUGAAGUUGCACCAACUAUCUGGGACCCUUUCAUGAACCGCUUCAGACUUCUCUCGACCUGUCUAUCCCAGAUAAACAAUGCUCUUAGCGAUGGUGCUACUGGUGCAUUAAUCCCCUAUAUGGAGAAGUACUAUGGCAUUGGAUAUGCCACCGUGUCUCUCAUAUUCGUCGGUAAAGCCAUCGGAUUCAUUGCCGCCGCCGUAUUCAUCGAUAUACUUAGAGCAAAACUCGGUCGAGCCAGACUUCUUGGUCUCGGUCAAGCCCUUGUCACUCUGGCAUACAUCCCCAUCAUCUGCGGAGCCCCUUUCAUCGUUGUUGUUCUAUCCUUCUUCUUUAUCGGCUUCAGCAUCUCGAUAAAUGUGGCCAUCGGGAACCUCUUCUGUGGUGGUCUCCAGAACGGAACGUUCAUGCUGGGUGUACAGCACGGGACUUACGGAAUAGGGGCAACCAUCGGUCCUCUCGUUGCGACCGCGCUCGUUACAGCUGCAAACACCAUGUGGAAUAGAUACUACAUAAUAACCUGUGUGCUCGGAGCUUUAACCGUCGCAUUAGGAAUGUGGUCGUUCUGGAGAUACGAGCAGGAGUUGAGUCCUGCGGCACGCCAGAGAGAGACGGCUCAAGUUGGAGACUCCAUGUCGAACAGCAUCUUUCUUGCUAUGAACCUGCGCAUCGUAUUCCUUGGUUCACUCUUCAUCUUUGCCUACCAGGGAGCCGAGGUCUCUAUUUCUGGCUGGGUCAUUUCUUUUCUCAUCAACGACCGCGAUGGCGAUCCUUCGUCAGUUGGUUAUGCAACAGCAGGUUUCUGGGCUGGUAUCACCAUCGGUAGAUUCCUCCUUUCCGCUCCUGCGCAGCGAAUCGGAGAGAAACCGCUUGUGUAUGGCCUCAUCGUAGGAGCCGUCGCUUUUCAGCUUCUCGUCUGGCUCAUUCCUAACAUCGUGGGAAACACUAUUGCCGUAUCUGUUGUCGGUCUUCUCCUUGGUCCUAUCUACCCAUGUGCAUCAGCUGUUUUCCUUCGAGGUAUGACUAGGCGGGAGGCUCUGACUGGUAUCGGCAUGAUUAAUGCUUGCGAUAGCGCAGGAGGAGCUAUUGCACCCUUCGUUACAGGACUUUUGGCCCAGGCGUUUGGCACCUUUGUCCUUCAUCCGAUUGUGAUUUUCUUGUUUGCUGUCAUGUUGAUGUGCUGGUAUUUCAUUCCAGCUGAGGAAAAGAGGACGGAGUGA